AUGAGCGAGGGCUGGCGCCUGCCUCCCACGGGCUGCGUGACGAGUUCCCCUUCCAGGGCCACCAGCAAGUUUCCCCUGCACGUCCUGGUCUGGAAUAAUGACUACAGGCGGCUGGACGAGGAGCUGCGGGAUAAGGAUGUUGAUCAACGUGAUCCACGAGGCCGGACCUUGUUGCACCUUGCUGUUUCCUUGGGUUAUAUAGAGUCUGCCAAAGUGCUUCUUCAACACAAGGCAGAUGUAACCAAAGAAAAUGCACAGGGAUGGACAGUUUUACAUGAGGCUGUCAGUACAGGAGAUCCAGAGAUGGUACAUAUGAUUUUGCAGCAUCGGGACUACCAGCAAACAUCUAUGACGCUUGGAGGAGUUCCUGAGUUACUCCAAAAGAUUAACGAGACUCCUGACUUUUAUGUGGAAAUGAAAUGGGAAUUUACUAGCUGGGUCCCACUUGUUUCUAGAGUGUGUCCAAGCGAUGUGUGCCGCAUCUGGAAGAGUGGUUCCAAGCUCCGGGUGGAUAUCACGUUAUUGGGCUUUGAAAAUAUGAGCUGGGAGAGAGGAAGACGUAGUUUAAUUUUCAAGGGAGAAGAUACUGGUGGCUGGGCAGAGCUAAUUGAGAUCAAUCAUGAUGAUAAAUUUGUUACAACGGAACGUUUUGAGAUUUCCCAACACAUGAAGCGUUUGACUUUGGGAUCUAUGACACCGAAAAGAAAAGAUGUGGAAAGACGCCUUACGUCUCCGAUUAUUAAUACGUGCCUUGAUACCAAAAAUAUUGCUUUUGAGAGAACCACAUCUGGAUUCUGGGUAUGGAGGACGGAGAAGGCAGAAGGUGUGAAUGGUUACGAAGCAAAGGUGUACACUGCAAACAAUGUGAACGUAGUCACACGAAUCCGAACGGAACAUUUAACAGAAGAGGAGAAGAAAAGAUAUAAAGCUGACAGGAAUCCCCUGGAAUCCUUUCUGGGUACAGUGGAGCAUGAGUAUGGUGCUCAGGAUCUAACAACAGAGUAUGCCACAAUUAACAAUCCUACUGCUAUUACUCUGGAGGAGUAUUUUGACCCAGAGUUUGACUUGAAAGAGAGGGACAUAGGAAGACCCAAAGAAGUCACCAUUAGAACACAGAAGUUUAAAGCAACCUUGUGGAUGAGUGAAGAGUUCCCCUUGUCUCUCAUGGAACAAGUUACUCCAAUCAUUGAUCUGAUGGCCAGAACUAGUGCUCAUUUUGCCAGACUUAAGGAUUUCAUCACUUUGGAAUUUCCCCCAGGAUUUCCUGUCAAAAUUGAGAUUCCCUUAUUUCACGUGCUGAAUGCCCGAAUUACGUUUGAAAAUGUUAAUGGCUGCAGGACAGCUGACAAACCAGCAUCACAGAUCAGUGGAGGUGCCCAGAGCGACUCGUCAGGUGCUACUUUUGAGGUUGACCAGUCAGUGUUCGAGAUCCCUAAAUCCUACCACGUCCAAGAUGAUGGUAGGAACAUACACGUGCAGGAUGAAGAUAAUGAGAUUAUGCAAUUUGCUAUUCAGCAGAGUUUGUUGGAAUCCAGUGGAAGUAAAGAAAUGGGACUGCACUCCAAUGGAGCGAUCGCAUAUUCACAGGACUUCAACUUACAGUAUCAGAGGGCGCUGCAGGAGAGUUUCCUGGGCAGCGCGGGGCCGUCGCGCGGCAGCUCGCCCGGGGAGCCCUCCAGCUUCGAGCAGGACCUGCAGCUGGCCAUGGAGCUGUCGGUGCGCGAGCAGGAGGAGCGCGAGCGGCGGCGGCGCGAGGAGGAGGACGCGGAGCUCCAGCAAGUCCUGCAGCUCUCCCUGCUGGAAAAAUAA